AUGGUCUUUGGGGCGUUUCCCUCCCUACACGCUGGCAGUGCUGUUAUGGAAGCGCUUUUUAUGAGCCACGUUUUCCCCAAACUAAAACCAGCCUUUGUGGUCUACACCCUGUGGCUGUGGUGGGCGACAAUGUAUCUGUCUCACCAUUAUGCCGUGGAUUUAGUGGGCGGCAGCUUGCUCUCUGGAGUGAUCUUUUUCGUGGUCAAGUCAAAGUUCCUCCCUCGACAACAAUCUGACAAAUUUUUCCGGUGGGACUAUGAUUUCAUCGAAGUCGGCGAGGAUGUGACCACCGAGAAAGGCUAUGCAUUGGCUGGUACAGAAGAUGGUCCGGUCGACACAGACGAAUGGAGUGUGGGCUCCUCAAGCUCCGUUUCACACUCACCAGGUUCCCGAAGCCCCAUCGAUGAAGGAAACCUCUGGGAAGGCGAGACCCUCGCAUCACAUUCAGACACCGAAGCGCAGACAUGA